AAUAUAAACCAAAACAACCCUACUACUUCACAACCAUAUCAUUGAGAGUAGCACUAGGACUAGGAGCACAGGUUAGAGAUAUGGCCAAAGCUGGGGUGAUCAUUCUUCUCUCGUUGUUGUUGUUGGUGAUAACAGUGUCGACGUUCACGGUGGUUGAAGGGUUGGGAGGUCGAACACCGAUAAACGACGUGAAGAACAACAAGGAGGUCCAAGAGCUCGGGAGGUUCUCGGUGGAAGAGUAUAACAGGCGGAGGCAAGGGCGGUUACGUCAUAACGGUGGUGGUUCGUCGUCGUCGUCGUCAACAGCGGCAUUGGUUUUUUCUCAAGUGGUGGAGGCUGAGAAGCAGGUGGUUUCCGGGAUCAAGUAUUAUCUCAAGAUUAAAGCCAUGCAGGGUGGACUAACCAAGACCUUUGAAUCGGUGGUUUUGGUUAAACCUUGGGCUAAAUCCAAGGAUUUGCUCAACUUUUCCCCUUCUAAACAAUAAAAAUGAGUCAUUUCCCAUGUUUGUUUGUGUUUUGAGGGCCUAAGAGCGCGUAAUCUUAAUCAAUAAAGAGAUUAAUAAGAAAGGUAAACUACAAUUCGUA